CGCGCCGCCGGCGAGAUCCGGCAUGGUUCCAGCUCGACCCCUCCUGUCGUUGCCAUCCAGGAGCACCUCAACCUCCUCCCGCCUCGUUCUUCACCACGACCAGGCAGCCCCAAGUGCGCAUGCCUUGCCUCCGACCAUCUCCAUAGCCCGCACCCCUGCAGCUUCGGGACCAGCACGUCCCCAUGUCAUGGUGCCCAAGCUCGUGGCUCCCGGAGCUUCGUCGGACGCCUCCAGCACCGGGAACGAGAUCCCUCGCCCGCGCCUGCCUCCAACGUGUGUUCCACGAGCUCCCCUGCACCCGAGCCUCCCCUCGAGCAGUUCUGCAGUCCCCUGUCGAGCUCGCCCCAAGCUCGACCCCGCCGCCGCUGCCCAGCACCUGAGACCAACCUCUCCUCUGGCCGUGCCUGCGAGCAGCUGCUGGAGCCGCCGCGCCGCCCCGUCAGCCGACGAGGAGCUCACCCGUGGCCUCCCCUGCACGUCGCCGCCCCGGAUUGACCUAGCCCCGAGGUCCUCGUCGCUGGGCCAGGAGCACCUCGUCGUCCUAGACCUCGCCGCCGUCGGGGACCAGCACUGAGGAACAGAACGAAGGUUGGUGCAGCCCCACCAUGGAUGCCCUUGCUGCCCUGCAACUCCCCAUCCGCCGUCGUUCUCCAAUGGAUCCGGUCGAUGCUUGCUAGGCCCGCCCAUUCCCGGCCUGGGACAGCCCCGUCGAAGCCUCCAAGUCCCUCCGGAUCGACGAUUGACCCCGUCUAGAACAGCCAUGGACGAGCAGUUUCAGUAAGAGUUCCGCAAGCGUGUCGGAUGUGAGGGCCGUUCGACUACGUCGG